UCUUGAAGCACCUUCGGCGUCUCUUCCCGAACGAAACUCUCAACUGUCUCACCGCCAAUCAAAACCCAGAACGUGGCCUCCCAGUCCCACUUUUUUCUUUUUCUUCAUUUUUUGAAUAACAAGGCAACACUUCAAACCCCCCAACCCAAACGACCACGAAUUCGAACCUCCUUUUCUUCGCCGCUCUCUGAUUUCUCUCAUAUACGGCAAUCUCCGUUCACCCACCACCAGCUAAUCCUAUCAUUCUCUCGCUUUUUUCGAACCUGGUUUACAAUUCGGACCCAAACACACGGGCACGAUCCGACCAGAUCCGGAUCUCCUCAUGCCUCGAAAACGCGUCUUCCUAGGGUUUCUUUUGAGCCUCCUCCAUCUCUGCUAUGCGGAUCCGGGUCCGAAUUGUUCCAAAACUAGCCCGCUCGUUGACCUCCGAUACGAGUUCACAAUGGCCCAGCACCAGCUCCGAGGCGUCCUAACCAUACUCGACGAUUGCUCUUUCCGGGUCUCCCAGUUCGAUAUGCUGCCCGGCUCCGACGUCCAUUGGUGGGGCGCGAUAGCACCCGAUUUCGCUAACCUCACCGCCGGGUUUAUCGUCUCCGACCAUGCCCUCAACGAGACCUACAAGAAUGCGAGCUUCGUCGUGCAUUUGAGGCAGAACGUGGCCUGGGACCAGAUCCGAGUCCUCGCCUUGUGGGACCGCCCCACCGCGUCGGAUUUCGGCCACAUCGUGCUCGCCGAUGCGGCGAACAAAUCGUCCGAUUCGGUGCCGUCUCUCCCGGUUAACGCCGAGCCGACCAUGUUCGAGAACUGCAAGACAUUGUCGGAGAACUUUAGGAUCCGGUGGACGUUGAAUGCGGACUCGGGCUCGAUCGAUAUUGGGUUGGAGGCGGCCACCGGGAUCAUGAACUACAUGGCGUUCGGGUGGGCGAACCCGAGUUCGACCUCGAAGCUCAUGAUCGGAGCCGACGUGGCCGUGGCGGGGUUCAAGGAGGAGGGAACGCCGUUUGUGGACGACUUUCACAUCACAGAGUACAGCGAGUGUAUCACCAACCUGGACGGUUCGGUGCAAGGGGUUUGCCCCGAUAGGAACUACGAAGAUUCGGACUCGGUUGGGUUGGUGAACAACACCCAAUUGGUCUACGGGCACAGGCGCGACGGCGUGUCGUUUAUUAGGUAUCGAAGGCUGUUGGAACCAGUCGAUAAGAAGUACGAUUUGCCAGUGAAUUCGACGGCGAGUAUGACAGUGAUUUGGGCGAUCGGAUCGUUACGGCCACCUGAUACAAUUAGGCCUUACUAUCUUCCCCAAAAUCAUGGGGGGCCGAGGCUGGUCGCGUAUGGGAAUUUGGUGCUGAAUGUUUCUGAGAAUGUGGAUGAUUGUUUAGGACCAUUGGAUGCAGAGGAUAAGGAAGAUCAGGACCUUAUAAUCGCCGAUGCUAGUGCUCCGCUCGUGGUGAUGUCCGGUCCGGCAUUGCAUUACCCAAACCCUCCGAACCCUUUGAAGGUUUUUUACAUAAACAAGAAGGAGGCUCCGGUUCUGCGAGUCGAACGAGGGGUGCCGGUGAAGUUUUCGAUACAAGCAGGGCAUAAUGUUGCUCUGUACAUUACUUCUGAUCCAAUCGGUGGCAAUGCCACAUUGAGGAAUGAGAGUGAGAUUGUGUAUGCAGGAGGGCCUCAAGCUGAAGGAGUUCAGGCCAGUCCAAUGGAGUUGGUUUGGAAACCUGAUAGGAAUACCCCAGACCAAGUUUACUAUAACUCAUUGUAUGAGGAGAAAAUGGGGUGGAGAGUGGAGGUGGUUGAUGGGGGUCUAUCAGAUAUGUAUAACAACAGUGUUGUUUUGGAUGAUCAGCAAGUUACAUUCUUUUGGACGUUGUCUGGGGAUUCGAUAUCGAUUGCAGCUCGUGGCGAGAAGAAAAGUGGUUAUCUUGCUAUAGGAUUUGGUAGUGGAAUGGUGAAUAGCUAUGCUUAUGUGGGUUGGGUUGACGAAAGUGGUGUAGGACGGGUAAACACAUAUUGGAUUGAUGGAAAGGAUGCUUUGACUGUGCAUCCGACAAGUGAGAAUUUGAAAUAUGUGAGGUGCAGGUCAGAAAAUGGGAUCAUCACUUUGGAAUUCACACGUCCCCUGAAGCCACCUUGUAGUCCCGAUGAAAGGCCGGAGUGUAAGAACAUUAUUGAUCGCACAACUCCUCUUAAAGUUAUUUGGGCAAUGGGUGCUAGAUGGACAGAUCGACGUUUAAAUGUGAGGAAUAUGCAUUCUGUUACAAGUAGCAGGCCCGUUCGGGUGCUGCUUAUGCGAGGAUCGGCCGAGGCGGAAGAGGAUUUAAGACCGGUGUUGGCUGUACAUGGGUUUAUGAUGUUUCUUGCUUGGGGUAUUUUGUUUCCUGGUGGAAUACUGGCAGCUAGAUACUUGAAGCAUGUUAAAGGUGAUGGAUGGUACAAGAUUCAUGUGUACUUGCAGUACUCGGGUUUGGCGAUUGUCCUACUUGCGCUUCUUUUUGCUGUGGCUGAGCUACGGGGUUUCUAUGUCAGCUCAGUACAUGUUAAGUUUGGGAUUGCUGCAAUUGUUUUGGCUUGUGUACAACCAGUGAAUGCAUUUCUACGGCCCAAAAAACCAGCCAACGGGGAGGUUAACUCAAAAAGGCUUCUUUGGGAGUAUUUCCAUGUCAUUGUGGGCAGAUCUGCCAUUGUCGUCGGCAUGGCAGCACUCAUCAGUGGAAUGAAGCAUUUAGGAGACAGAUAUGGUGGUGAAAAUGCUCACGGACUUAACUGGGCUUUAAUGCUUUGGUUCAUGAUGGGUGCAUUGAUAGUCUUGUAUCUCGAAUACCAUGAAAAACGUCGAAGGAGGGACAGGAUUUUCGGAAGAAGCAACUUUGUUCUGGGUAACCAUGAGGAAGAUGACUCUCUUGAUCUCUUAAGCCCAACCGGUACUCUUGCAGAAAAGGAGUCACAACAGUCUGGAAGAAUGGAAGUUCAGUUAGAACCUUUAAGUAGAUAGACAUGUUUUUCAAUUACUUUUUGUUAUAUAAAAGUCACUGCUCUUCACCAGUUUUGGUAGUGUUCCCACUCAUACACAGGAUAGCCGGUCUGUUCAUUUGCAUGAAAGGUUUACAGUGCAAAAGGGGUUACAUUAUUCCCACCAGUGGUCACUGUAAUUGCUUUCCAUCAUCCUGCAGAGUAAACCCACCCUACACCAUAUAUAUUUUGUAUACUCAUACAUAUUCAACAUAGUGGAAGCUUAUAUCACUCUCUCUCUCUCUCUCUCUCAUUACAAGAGAGCAGAGUUUGUUUUAUAUGUGAAUUAGUUCAGUUUCUAUC